AUGAUUAAUGAUCCACCAAUAAUUUUUAUUGCAUUAAUUGAUUGUUUAAGAGAACGUAAUAAUGUUGAUUUAUUUUAUAAUUUUACAAAUUAUUCAACAGCAGCAAUUUUUACAAUACUUUUACAUCUUCUACAUUCAUUACCACAACCAUUAAUAUCAUAUAAAAUGCAAGAUAAAAUACGUAUUUCGCUUUCAAUUUUACACGAACAUCUUGAUAGAAAUCAACGACAUGCCUUUAUUUUAGCUUGUCUUAAUGAAGAAAAGAAAAAUUAG